AUGAAGUUUUCGACUCUUAUCAGUGUUGCCGCACUGACGGCUGGUGUGUCAGCUGAAUCCUCUUCAUCUUCAGCCUCUUACAAGAGCAGGACAUUUUCAACCGUUGAGCCUUCUGCAUCAGAAAUUUCUUUGCAAGCAUCCAAUGCCACUACCGGUCAUCAGACAUCUAGUGUCCAGGGUAAAGCAUUUGAUAGAUUUGUUGUCAUCUGGUUGGAGAAUACUGAUUACGACAAAGCUGCCGAUGAUUCGAAUAUGGCGAAGCUUGCAGAGCAGGGUAUCAUAUUAACCAAUUACUGGGCUUUGACACACCCAUCCGAACCAAAUUAUUUAGCUUCUGUGGGUGGUGAUUACUUCUCGUUAGACGACGAUAGAUUUAUCAGUAUGCCGGAAAAUGUUUCUAGUAUUGUCGACUUGUUGGACAAUGAUGGAAUCAGUUGGGCCACUUAUCAGGAGCAUAUGCCUUACAGUGGUUUUCAGGGUUUUAACUACUCUAAUCAGGAGACAUUUGCUAAUGAUUACGUUAGAAAGCAUCAUCCCCUUGUCUUGUAUGAUUCCAUUACCAAAAAUUCUUCUCGUUUGUCCAAUCUCAAGAAUUUCACUGAAUUUGAUAAUGAUUUAAAGAACGAGAAGUUGCCACAAUUCAUGAUCAUUACCCCUAAUAUGACUAAUGACGGACAUGAUACGACUAUCAAGUAUGCUGCCAACUGGUGCAAGGAAUUUAUCACACCUUUGUUGUCUAAUGAAUACUUUAUGAACAAUACUCUUGUUUUGUUGACAUUUGAUGAAAAUGACUCUUACUCCAUUAAGAACAAGGUCUAUAGUAUUCUUUUGGGCGGUGUCAUUCCAGAUGAACUUAAGGGAACAACAGAUAAUACAUAUUAUGAUCAUUAUUCUCAAAUCUCCUCCAUUGAGGCUAAUUGGGACCUUUAUCAUCUUGGAAGAAAUGAUAUUGACGCAAAUGUUUUUGAAACGGUUGCAAAUGCCACUAACAUCACUAAUGUUGAUGUUGACACUACAUUUAAAGUCAACAAUGAAACAUAUGUUGGUUACCUAGAUGAUGUGAACAUUGAUUUGCCAGCACCAAAUGUUUCUGCUACAAAUAUGAAUGGUAAGGGAAUUCUUCCAGCGAUUUCUUCUGUUUGGGCAUCACAGUAUGAGAAAGAGAUUUCUGCCUCGUAUUACACAUCUACGACUACUACUAUGUCAGCUAGCUUGACCGAUGCAGUUACUUUAACCUCGGCUGUCUCUAACUCGACCAAGACAGAGUCUGAUUCUGAAUCUGCUUCUGCUUCUGCUUCUGCUUCAAAGUCUGUCUCGCAGUCAACCACAAAAGAAAAUUCUACUUCAGGUACUGAGUCAUCUAGUUCUAAGGCCGGUGCUGCUACUUUAGGAGUUAAUAUUCUUUCUUCACUUUUUGUUUUGGUUGCAAAUUUGAUAUUAUAA